CAUUUCGGGUGGUCCAAUUUAGGCAGCAAAUAUUAUAUAUUAAUAAUAUCCACUUUUAUAUUAAUAGUAAUGUGGAUAAAAGUUUUAGUUAGCUACGUAUCUUUUACUAUUUGUUUACUAUAAAUAGGAGGAGAAGGAUAGACCUCCUUAUCCUUAACGAAAACAAGGUAAACAUGGCUGUUCACAAAGAAGUUAGUUUUCUUGGUUAUCUACUUGUUCUUGGAAUAUUUCUACAUCAUGUUGAUGGCAAGGCUUGUACCAGAGAAUGUGGCAAUCUUGGGUAUGGGAUAUGUCCACGUUCAGAAGGAAGUGCAGAAGAACCCAUAUGCACCAAUUGUUGUGCAGGCUAUAAGGGUUGUAAGUAUUACAGUGCUGACGGGACUUUCAUUUGCGAAGGAGAGUCUGACCCCAAGAACCCAAAAGGUUGCCCUCGGAAUUGUGAUCCAAGAAUUGCCUAUUCAAAAUGUCCACGUUCACAAGGAGAGACGUUAAUUUAUCCCACAGGAUGCACCACCUGUUGCACGGGCUACAAAGGUUGCUACUAUUUCGGUAAAGACGGCAAGUUUCUCUGUGAAGGAGAGAGUACUGAACCCAAGGCUUGUACUCUGGAGUGUGAUCCAAGGGUUGCUUACAUGACUUGUCCCUCUACUGGAUUGGCCAAGAUUAAGGAUGUUUGUGUUAACUGUUGCACUGCGGGAGAGGGUUGCAAACUGUACGGUCAUAAUGGAUCUCUACUUUGUACUGGAGAGUCUCAGAGCAUAUCCACAGCAUAGAGCAACUGUUCAUUUCUAAUCAAUGAUGAUGUAUGUUGUACUAGUUUAUUAAUGUAUGAAAUAAAAGCAUGAACAUUGUCAUGCUAAUCUUUGUAAUAUGGGCGUAAGAGCUCUUUUGGACAUAAAUAGGUGUCCAGUCUCCAAGUGUUUAAUGAAGCACUAGUUUCUUUUA